CCGCAGGGCCCACCGGCUUGGAGUAGUAUCAAUACCACUUCGCGCCAUGAUGUUCCUCAGCCUGGUACUGGGCGCCCUGCUCGGUGCGGCCACGGCGCAAUUUCCCCCCACGCCUGAGGGGGUAACGGUCGUCAAGUCUAAGCUACAUGAGAAUGUGUCCAUAUCAUUCAAAGAGCCCGGAAUAUGUGAAACAACACCUGGUGUUCGGUCGUAUUCGGGUUAUGUUCAUCUCCCACCCGGUUUUCUUGCCGAUGAUACAGGGGACCGACAAGAUUACCCCAUGAACACAUUUUUCUGGUUCUUCGAGGCGCGCAAGGACCCCAAGAACGCGCCCGUCGCUAUCUGGCUCAAUGGCGGUCCCGGUGGCUCCUCGUUCAUGGGGCUUCUCGAGGAACUGGGCCCCUGUUCCGUGGCCUCAGAUUCCAAAACCACUAUCAUAAACCCCUGGAGUUGGAACAAUGAGAUUAACCUCUUGUUUCUCGAUCAGCCCAUGCAGGUUGGCUUCUCCUAUGAUGUCGCCACCAACGGUACAUUAGUCAUGGACUACGACGCAGUGGAGACUACGAUCGUGCCUGGGGAUUUCUCGGUGGAUAUACCCGAAUCUAAUUUCACACACCGUGUCGGUACAUUUGCGAGCCAGACGCUAUCACAAACCGCGAACAGCAGUGCGCUUACAGCUCAUGCUUUAUGGCAUUUCGCCCAGACUUGGUUCUUCGAGUUUCCUCAUUAUAAGCCUGUUGAUGAUCGGAUUUCUCUGUGGACUGAGAGCUAUGGAGGUCACUAUGGUCCGGCGAUCUUCAGCUUUUUCCAGGAACAGAAUGAUCGGAUUGCGAAGGGGACUGCGGAAAAGGGCGCGCAGUAUCUGCAUCUCGAUACGUUGGGGAUUGUGAAUGGUCUUAUUGAUGCUGCAGUCCAAGGAGAAUCAUAUAUUACCAUCGGGUAUAAUAACACAUAUGGCCUACAAAUAUUCAACCAGUCUCUUUAUGACUCGCUAAUGCACGAAUGGGCACGUCCUGGAGGUUGCCGCGACAGAGCGAUAGCGUGCCAAGCAGCUUUGAAGGACUGGGACUCAACUUCUCAGAAGAGAAAUAUAUCGGAAAUAUGUAAAAAUAUCGAUUUAGACUGCGAGGGAGGGGGUACUGCUCAAUACCAGCAGCUGAACCGCAGUUGGUAUGACAUUUCUCACCCCAAAAAUGACCCGUUCCCAGCUCACCAUAUGCUGGGCUAUUUGACUCAAGAGUCUGUACUAAAGGCUCUCGGCGUCCCUGUCAAUUUCACCGAGGCUGCCCCCGUCGUCCACAAACAGUUCGAGAAGACCUACGACAUCACUCGCGGUGGAUUCCUCGACUCAAUAGCCUACCUCCUCGACAGCGGCGUGAAGGUACACAUGAUGUACGGCGACCGCGACUACGCCUGUAACUGGAUCGGCGGCGAGAAGGCCAGUCUGGCCGUGCCGUAUUCGCGAGCCGCGGAGUUCGCAAACACCGGUUAUUCCCCAUUAGUCACGCCCGAAGGCAUCAAGGGCAUGACUCGCCAGCUCGGCAAUUAUAGCUUCACGCGCGUCUACCAGGCAGGCCACGAAGUACCAGCGUAUCAGCCGGUCGCGGCUUAUGAGAUCUUUAUGCGUGCUAUGCUGGACAGCGAUAUCCCUACUGGACGUCUGGGUGUUACGGAGGAGUUCAGGACGAGUGGUCCGAAGGAUACAUGGCAUAUUAAGAAUAUUGCUCCGUCAAUGCCGGAGCCGAGGUGCUAUGUCUUGGAUCCUGGGACGUGUCUUCCGGAGGUUUGGGAGAGGGUUGUGGCUGGGAAUGUUAUUGUUAAGGAUUUCUUUGUGGUGGAGGAUGGUGGCAAUGAUGGGAGGGUCAGCUGGCCCCAGGAUAGUAGCCAGGUGGUUCUUGGUGGAAUGUGAAUGGUUGUACGAAAGAAAUCGACAGUUUGUAUAAAUUGAGGAUUAUCAUCUAAGGCAGGAAAGUGCUCGUUGUAGCCCCUAGAUUGACUAUUACACUAGCACCUGCUAUAUCCCUUCA